AUGGCUGAGUCCGUAGUUUCCUUUGUGUUUCAAAGGGUCGGGGGCUUCGUCGUCCAAGAAGCGAAGUUCUUGUACAGAUUCGGCAAUGAAAUGGAUUCUGCACAAACUGAGUUGCAGUUAAUCCAGGGUUUUCUGAAAGAUGCAGAUAUAAGGCAACGAGAGGAUGCAACAGUGCGUGUUGUGGUCGCAAAAGUAAGAGACGCUGCAUAUAAUUUGGAGGAUGUCAUAGAAAUUUUUUUCUUGAGAGUGUCUAACAAGGGUCAAAGAGGGGUUAAGAAUUUUCUGAGAAGAUUUGUUUGUGUGGUGAAAGAAGGAAUUGAUCUUCACAACAUUGGGUCGGAAAUUCAGAUGAUUACUGCCCAACUCUCUAUUUUAAGGUCAAGCUUGCAAAGCUAUAAUAUUAGGGAAAUCGGAGGUGCCACUUCUUCGUACCAGAGGCAGCAGCAACUAAGACGCUCCUAUUCUCAUAUUAUAGAACGGGAUAUUGUUGGGUUAGAGGAUAGUGUGGAAGAAUUGGUCAAGCAUUUGGUGAAGGAAGAAUUCCGCCACCGAGUUGUUUCUAUAUGGGGUAUGGGUGGUUUGGGCAAGACGACUCUUGCAAAACAAAUAUAUCAUCAUACGGAUGUUAGAAAAUAUUUUGACUCUUUUGUUUGGGUAUGUAUAGCUCAACAAUGUCAAGUGAGGUCUGUUUGGGAAGGAAUUCUAAUUAAACUUCUUUCUGCUGACAAUGAUAAAAGAACAGAAAUUGAAAAACUGGGGGAUGAUGAAAUAGUAAGAGAAAUUUAUCUUAUACUACAAAAGAGUAGAUGUUUGAUAGUUGUGGAUGACAUUUGGACCAUUGAGGCAUGGGAGUCACUGAAACCUGCUUUUCCAUUGUGUGAGGAAUCAGGAAGCAUGGUAUUACUCACCACUCGCAACAAAGAGGUAGCUUUACAUUCAGAUAGAAAUGGUUUCAUCCACCAUCCUCAGCCAUUGAAUGACGAUGAAAGCUGGACACUUUUUGAGAAGAUAGCAAUCUCUGGAAGAGAUGGAAUAGCAUCCGAAUUUUCUACAAAUAUGAAAGAUAUAGGAAAGAAGAUGCUUCAAUAUUGUGCUGGCUUGCCAUUAGCUGUCACUGUGCUGGCAGGACUACUUGCUAGAAAGGACACUAUUGAUGAGUGGGAGACCGUACUUAAGAAUAUUCAUACAUACCUAAGAAGUGGCAAAGGCCAUGGACAAGGAGGCAUGGGUACAUCAUGGUUUUCUGAAGAAUAUGAGAUACCAACGAAUGUGUUGACUCAGCUGUGGGUGGCAGAAGGUUUUAUAACGAUGGAGCAACAAAGACAAGAUUCUGUGGAAACGAUGGAAGAAAUAGCUUACAGCUACUUAACUGAAUUGGUGGAAAGGUGCAUGGUUGAAAUUGAAAACCAAGGUUCUGUUAGAAAGAUUAAAUCUUGUCGUCUUCAUGAUCUCAUGCGAGACAUGUGCUUGUUGCAGUCAAAAGAGGAGAACUUUUUCCAAAUUGUCAAUUUGUCGCAUAUAAAGGAUCGUCUUCCUUUUUCCACGGUAACUGAGGCAACACUAACAAGUAAUGUUCGAAGACUUGGCAUCUAUGUGGAUGAGACUGUUGAGGAAUUGUUUCCAUCAAGAUUUGAAAGAGAAAGCCACCUUAGGUCUUUGUUAUACUUUGGAUGUUGUGUUCAAAACGAUGAAGAGUUAGUAUCACAACUAUUUCGGCAAUUCAAACUGCUCAGAGUUUUGAAGCUUGAGGAUAUGGCUACAUCAGUGGAAUUGCCGAAUGCCAUUGGGAAAAUGGUCCACUUAAGAUUUUUAAGUCUAAGGGGUUCUGAUGUAGAACGGUUCCCAUCGUCCAUAGGUAAUUUGAUAUGCAUGCAAACUAUGGAUUUACGCACUUCAUCAUGUGAUAUGAUUCCAUUUCCAGAUGUGCUUUGGAAGAUGAGACGACUGAGACAUUUGUAUCUUCCUUUAGAUUGUGGUAAAAAAUUUCGACUGUCUACUUUUCACGAUUUGCAGACACUGUACUAUUCUGGACGCAGAUGUGAUGUCUUGAACGAGCUUACUGAGUUAACCAGUCUUAGAAAACUGGUCAUACAAGUGACAAGCCACUGGAAAAAUUUGGAGGAAACCUUGAAAUCUAUGAGCAGCACACUUGAUGGAAUUCGAUCUCUAUUUGUGACUAUUAUUGGUGGAGGGGCUAAAAAAAUAGUGUUAAGUUGUCGUCAAGUAUACAAGCUGAGGUUGGAAGGGCAAAUCUGGAGGCUACUAGACCUUCAACACUUUCCAAACCUCGCUAAGUUAACACUGAGUAUGUGUUAUAUUGACAACAACCAGAUGGCCAUGCUAGAGAAAGUGCCCAAUCUAAAAACUCUUUGCCUAGGGAACGGAACUUUCGAGGAUGGGAUAUUCACACUGGUUUUCUCCAAAGAUGGCUUUCGUCAACUUGAAUCGCUCUCCCUUGUGUACUUGAACAGAAUAAGGGACUUGAAGGUGGAAGAAGGAGCCAUGCCGAGCCUCCGCCGAUUACGCAUAGAACGUUGCUAUGCCUUGGAGACAGUUCCAGAUGGGCUGAGAUACAUUACUACCCUCCAGGAAUUAAGCUUCGUAUGGAUGAAUAGCCAAUUUCGUAGUAGGGCUCAGGUAGGAGGAGAUGAAUUCCAUAAAAUCCAACAUGUGCCUUCAGUUGUAUGUAUAUGA